AUGACAACUAUGGAAGAAGGAGAAUCUCCCACUGAGGAAAUACCGGCAGGGAAUCCAGAGGAGCUAACAAAAAAUCCCACUGCUUUAAAAGAAGCACAUGAAGAAAUGGCUACACUUGAUGUGCUUGUGUGUGGGCAAUGCCACUCAGCAUUCCAUUUUAUUGAAGAAUUUAAAGAUCACAAAAAUGCUAAUAAUUGUACUGGAAAAUCUCCUGUAAGGGAUAGUAAUGAAAGUAAGGCACAAGUGUGGGCAUUUCUUUUAUGGAAGUGUUCAUCUGUACGUGAUGGAUCUACAUCAAAUGCUGAUAACAGUUGGAAGCUAUACCAACAGUGGUGUAGAAUGCCAGAAGCUCAAAGAACUGCUUGGAUCACAGCAGGGUCUAAUGUGCAAUCUUUGUCUAAAUUUGCUCAUGCCAAAGUAAUGGAGCUAAAAACGGAAGAUCAGCUUGUCCCUGUGCAGACAGCUACUCCUGAAGUUAAAAGGAGAGGAAGACCUAGAAAAGUUGUUAAAGUGGAGGAUAGUGAGACUCAUCCUUCUGGUGAAGAAAGUGAUGAUGUUAAAGCAAAUUUUGCUCAAAAAGGACUUAAUAAAUUGCCUGCGGCAAAUGUCAGUAAAUCCAGAGACCUUUCUGUAGAAUCUGUGCGUAACGCACAAGAGCGUGUGCCGGCAGAGGAGCGUAUUGCGCGGCGCUCCGAGCGCGAGGGCGGCGCCGGCGCGGAGGCGGGCGAGUACGUGGUAGAGAAGAUACUGGCCAAACGCUUUAACCCAAGACGCAAGCACUAUGAGUAUUUGCUCAAAUGGGAGGGAUAUCCGCAUGAGCAAAACACUUGGGAGCCAGUGGAGAAUAUGGAGACAUGUAAACAUUUACUGGAGGCGUUUGAAAAGCAGCUGGCGCGACAGAAGGAGCUCAAGGCUCUGCGCGCGCAGCAACAGCAGCAGCAGCAGCAUCCAGUGCAGGUUAAACAAAUGAGCACUCCAUUACCGCAAGUUGUUAAGCAGAUGGUGAAGAAGACAGAAAGCCCAGUUUUAACUCCAACUGGGCGUUUACAACGAACAAGCAAAGCGCGCGCACUCGAUCAAGUGAAGGCGUGGUGCGGAGCCGAUGACGAGCCCGGAGCCAAACGCAUCAAGCGCGAGCUCUCAAGCGAUGACGACUUCUCUGACUCCGACUCCACCAAAGCUAGCAAAUGUGAUGUGUCUUUAUCGGAAGAAAAGAAAGUAAUGAAUGGGCAAUCCUCACCAAAAUCCAACAUAGACCCUGAGCUGGUGAAAUCUCUGGGUCUGGGGGGCAAGGGCAUGCCUAAUAUUAAAGGCGUCAUCAAAGUCGACCCCAAACAUAUGCCUAAUCUCACUACUGGUGUCUACAUAAUGUCAAAAAGCUCUGGUAUAAUGAAAAUUGACUCACCCGGCAAGUUAGGCCCGGGCUUGAAUAUUGACCAAGAUGUCAUUAGAAAGCAGAUAAUGGCUGCUAAACAGAAAAAAUUGGAAGAAGCCAAAAAGUCACCUGCAAGCACGCCUGCUUCAUCACAGAUAAGAAAGACAUACGCAUCUGGAGGACAGCAAGUAACAGAGAAGACGAUAAUAACGCCAUCAGGACAAAAGAUCAUCCAGCGCACCAUACAGCGGCCGUACGGCGCUUCCGACGGCAAGUCGCCCGUCACUAUACUUAAUAGGAAACUUGCACAGGGAGACAGUCUGCUCCGUGGCGCGGGGAGCCCCGGGCGCGGCGGCGUGCGCGGGCGCGGGCGCGGCUACUCCGUGUCGACCGCCGCCGGCAAUAUAGUGCGCAUACGCGAGAAACCCGUUUCUAUAGACUUUGAUAAGCAGUGGGAGGCGUCGUCCGAGUCAUCGGACGGCAUCGAGGACCCGUUCCCGCGCGAUCUGGGCCCGCUGCCGUCGCCCAGCCCCGAGCGCGAGCUGACGCUGUGCCCGCUGACGGGCCGCCGCCUGGCGCGCGCCGAGGGCGAGCCCACGCCGCCGCCCACGCCUCCGCCCGCCACGCCGCCGCCCGACACGCACGCGCCCAUGCUUAUGAAGGUUGAAAUUUCACCUGGUGGCACAACGGGCAUGUUGGUACAAGGAGAUGGCGCACAGCCAUCACUACCAGUACUCACGGAUGAAGACGGCACGGAAGUGAAAGUGGAGGCGAGCGCGGUGAAGCAGCUCCUGGAGGAGGGAGUGGGAGUGGGCGUGGACGACGGCGAGGAGGUCGGCCUCCUGCACGCCGCGCACCCACCCAUCAUGAUCAGGGGCGAGGACGGCGUGCUUUACCAAGUGGCCGGAGAGAACGAGGCUGGUCAGACUCUGUUAGUGGCCGCUGAGGGUGUGGAGGGAACGGUGGAAGGUGUAGAAGGCACAGUCGAAGGCGAAAGCGAGGGCGUCAUGUAUGUCACCAGGGAGGAUGGACAGACAUUACUAGUGGCUGCCCAAGGAGUCGAAGGUACUGUGCAAGGAGUAGAAGGUGCCGUGGAUGGUGAAACUGAGGGUGUCACGUAUGUUACGAGAGAAGAUGGACAGGACGUGCUGACGAUAGACCCGUCGCAGCUCGCGCAGCUGAUGCCGGGCGGCGAGGCGGGCGCGCUGCAGCAGGUGGCGGUGCAGGUGGAGGGCGAGCCCGGCGAGGACGCCACGCAGGUCAUCGCGCAGCUCGUGCAGGCGGACCUGCCCUCGCCUGGUGGUACUCGGCGCGUGGUGCUCUUGCUACCAGACGGUAGUUUCACGAUGACGGAACUAGACAAGGAACAGUAUGAAUCCAUUACAGAGGCCAGUAAAGCUCAAGAA